AAUUAGUGGCAGCAGGACCAUUCUGUGAAAGAAGCAGCAGUUCCUCAGUCCACUUGCUGCCCCAAGUGUCCACGCACCCUGGGUACAAGGCUGAGAUGAGAGGAGAGCGCCCGGUUUGAUGUAAUCUCGACAAGGAUUUUGGUCAAGGAAGAUGGUGCUGGACUCGGGGACACAGUCGUAUGAGCGGCAUCGCAAUGUCCUGAGCGCCAGCCCCCAGCGCGAGAGGGGCGGGAAAAAGUUCUCUGAACACAAUGGGCUGCGACUCUAUUCCUACCUCUCCCCUUCACCAUCUCCAGAUUCAGACCCUACCCACCUGGGCCAAAGGCUCAAAACGCCUACCAAGCUCAAGUGCUCCAAGGUCUCAGAAGCAAGGCCUGAGGUCAGGCGGCUGUCGGAAAUCUGCCCUGCUUUCCCAAGCCCCUGCAGCUGGAUGCGCCGUAGCGAGAGCACCUGCACUGUGAAUAGUAGUGGCCGGGCACGUGCACAGAUCCGCAGUGCAGCUUCCCUGCCUCAUAUUGCCAGGCCAAAGGCUGAGGAGAUCAACGUCAGCAGGAGGAGUCCUUGCCUUCUGGUGGCCCUUAGACCCUUGAAUGUUGACAAGGAGAGAGAGAAGUUCUUCCAGUCUUGUUAUACUUACAACCCACAGUUUGAGUAUGAGGAGCCUGUCCCCACGGCUGUGCUGGAGAAAUACAGAGAUGCAUCAGACCAGUUCAUUACACAGGCAACUGGGAUCAUUCAUGCCGUCCUGGAGAAGUACGGCUCUUAUGAGAGCUUUGAAGUGGCCACUGGUGGAAGAUUGCUGAGCAAGUGCCAAAUCUGGUCUAUUCUCCGGAAGUACAUGCAGAAGGAGGGCUGUGUGGGAGAGGUGGUUGUUAAUCUGACUGAGGAUCUGCUGUCCCAAGCCGUGAUGAUGGUGGAGAACAGCCGGCCCACCCUGGUGAUUAACCUGGCCGGAGCCCGGCAAUACUGGCUGGAGGGCAUGCUGCGCCACGAAAUAGGCACGCACUACAUCCGUGGGGUGAAUAAUGCCCGCCAGCCUUGGCACAGCAUGGAGGGCCGUAAGCGGUACGGCCUGAAGCCUGCUAACCCCACAGAAGAAGGCCUGGCUAGUCUGCACAGUGUCCUCUUCCGUAAGCAGCCCUUUCUGUGGCGGGCAGCGCUGCUGUACUACACCGUCCACCAGGCCAGUCACAUGUCCUUCAGCGCGCUCUUCCAGCACUUGGAGCAGUACGUCCAAGACGCCCGGGUCCGGUGGGAGUACUGCGUGCGGGCAAAACGAGGCCAGACUGACACCUCACAGCCAGGCUGUUUCAGUAAGGAUCAAGUGUAUCUGGAUGGAAUUCUCCGGAUCCUGAGGCAUCGGCAGACUAUUGACUUCCGGUUGCUGGCAGCACUGGGCAAGGUCUCCUACGAAGAUGUGAAUCAGCUGAAGCAAUUUGGGGUUCUGGAGAAGGCGCGAAUCCCCCAUUUCAUGCAGGACAUGGAACGGUACAGGCAGCAGCUUGACCACAUCAUCGCCACCAACAGACUGAAUGAGGAGGAGCUAGAGCAGUUGCUGCCGGACUGACCAGGUCUGCAGGGUCCUGACCUGCCUGCCCCGUGGCAGAGUCCCAUUUCCCAGGCCACACUGCCUUGUGGACAGGAAGCCUUUGGCACAAAAGGGAGUUGUCUUGUGUGCGUGUCUGACUGCAGCCGUCCAAAGCAUUUAGGGUGCCCAGGGG